AUGAUUUUAUUUUGGUUUCUGGCCUUAACUUCAAUCUUUUCUUCCAUUGUUUGUUCAGAAAAUUGGAGGGAAGAAAACAUUUAUCCUCCCAAUACGGUCGACAUUUUCAGUGCUCGAUAUUGUGCUUUGAAAGAUCGUUCCGAGAUGAUCUCUUGCGGGUUAGUCAAUGGAAUGGAACUCGUUAGAGAAUUCUACAGAAAUUGCGUUCAGCAAGUAAAGUUUUUCCAGAGUUUAGACGAAGUCGAUAAUUACGUUUGCAAUUUGAAAUACGACCAGAAAGAAUAUGAAAAAUACAUAAAAUGCUUCCGCGGAGCCAUGUUUGCUUUGAACCGAUACCAACCCACAACCUUCGAUAAAAUAUUAAAAUGCUUUUCGAAAGUAGAAGGAAAGGAAGAAUGGAAAGAUAAACGUCACACUUACGCCAAGGAAGUCAUUUACGGAAUAUACUAG